AUGCAUUCAAAACUGGAUUGGGACAAUCUAAUUAGGAGUGAACGUUGUGACGUAGUGACUCGAGAAGAAGAAAUACCACACCCACUAAGCCUCUCAUCAGCAUCAAAGAAGUUCGGUCUACAAAUAAACAUCAAAAAGACUGAAGUACUAUUCCAACCAGGUACAGACCACCGAGAGGAGGAGGAGAUCCUAGUGGAUGGGACAGCCCUAAACCAGGUAGAUGACUUCACUUACCUCGGCAGCACUAUAUCCAAAGACGGACGCAUCGACUCUGAGCUGGUGAAAAGAAUGUCAAAGGCCAGCAGUGCAUUUGGAAGACUGCGAACCAGGCUAUGGAACAACCAUCAUGUCUCAACAAGAGUGAAGUGCAAAAUCUACAGGGCUAUCGUCCUAUCCACUCUCUUAUACGGUGCGGAAAGCUGGACUCUCUACACAAGUCAAGUAAAGAAACUUCACGCGUUCAUGAUGAGACACCUUCGAGCAAUCAUGAGAAUCAGUUGGAAGGACAAGGUGACCAACAAAGAGGUACUAGAGCGAGCAAACCUUCCUUCUAUGGAGGACCUGCUCAUCAGGAAGAACCUACGAUGGACAGGCCAUGUCAUCAGGAUGCCCUCUGAGAGGUUACCAAAGCAAGUACUAUUCUCGCAACUACCCGCUGGCGAAAGAGGGAUUGGUCGUCCACGGCUUCGCUACAAGGACACGAUCAAGAGGAACCUUAAGCGGAGGCAAAUUGAAACCAAGACUUGGACAACUGCUGCAGGCCAGCGAGCUGUAUGGAGAGCAGCUGUAAAGUGA